CGGGAAGUGGUGUGGCUCAAGAGGCUUCAGGGAGAUGGCGGAGGAGGAGGAUGAUGAGUUGCUUGGGGAGAGGUUACUUUUCCUCCCAGAUCGACAUGUCCGUUACUUCCAGCGGAGCCUCCAAGCUCUCCCGGAGCAGUGCUCGUCACUGGAGACCAGCAGGUUAACUAUUGCAUUUUUUGCUCUGUCUGGACUGGACAUGUUGGAAUCGUUGCAUGUUGUGGACAAAGCUGAAAUAAUAGAGUGGAUCUAUUCACUUCAGGUCCUCCCCACUGAAGACAAAUCCAAUCUAGAUCGAUGCGGUUUUCGAGGUUCCUCAUGUUUGGGGUUACCGUUCAAUCCUUCCAAGGGCCAUGGAAUUUACCACCCAUAUGACAGUGGCCACAUAGCGAUGACCUACACGGCUCUCUCCAGCUUGCUUAUACUAGGUGAUGAUCUGAGCCGUGUCCAUAAGGAAGCGUGUCUUGCAGGACUACGGGCUCUCCAGCUUCCUGAUGGAAGUUUUUGUGCGGUGCCGGAGGGAAGCGAGAAUGACAUGAGGUUUGUGUACUGUGCUUCAUGCAUUUGUUAUAUGCUCAACGACUGGUCAGGGAUGGAUAUGGAAAAGUCAAUAGAAUACAUUAGAAGAAGUAUGUCAUACGAGAAUGCACUGGGGCAAGGAGCUGGACUAGAAGCUCACGGUGGGUCAACAUUUUGUGGCGUUGCUUCUCUGUGUCUGAUGGGAAAACUUGAAGAUAUAUUCUCUGUAAAAGAACUCGACCGAAUAAGAAGAUGGUGCAUCAUGAGGCAACAGAAUGGCUUCCAUGGGCGACCUAACAAACCAGUUGACACCUGCUAUUCCUUCUGGGUGGGAGCAACUUUGACGCUGCUAGACAUCUUCAAGUACACAAAUUUUGAGAAAAACAGAAAUUUUAUUUUAUCUACUCAAGACCGUCUAGUUGGUGGUUUUGCUAAGUGGCCAGAUAGCCAUCCAGAUGCCUUGCAUGCAUACUUUGGAAUCUGUGGCCUUUCAUUGAUGGGAGAAUCCGGUAUUAAUGAAGUACACCCAGCACUGAAUGUAAGCUUAUCAGCAUACAAACAUCUCCAGCAGCUCCAUGACUCCUGGAAAGCCAAGAACUAUGAAACGAGUUCAAAUCAUCUGCACCCCACUACUUGACUGACCACCAACAUCACCUUAAGUUGGAGAUUCAUAGCCCCACUUCUAAGCCAUGUAUCAACCAAGCGUGCUUUUUUGUACUGGAGUCAUACGAUCAAAGUGUUCAUUGGUUAGUAGCGCUACUUUGUACAACAGGCUUCAACCACUUCUCCUGUACCUCAAUAAAAAUAUAUAUUUUAUACAAUGGUAUUAAUUAAAAUAGCUCACGUUAUUGUUGAUCAGCUUUAGAAGUUCACUUUAAUGACAGCCAUGUUCAGUACUUGUAACACGAAAACGCACACACACUAAUGGAAAAGGAUCUUAUUGUAUCAAACUGGAUGGCAUUAUUUCAGACAAGACUACACUCUGGAGUAGAAUAGUGCUGGAACACUGGAAAAUAGUGGGUAUGACCGGACUGAUGUUAUUUGUUGUGCCCCACAUACUAAAUGCGUGUCUGCCAAGCUAUCAUCAAGUGGGUGCACCAAGAGUUUAAAGGGGUUGUCUCACCUCUAGGCUUGUGCUUCACGUUAAAAUGGGGUUGCCUGCGACUUGUAGUGAAAUCCCCAGAAUUACCACAGUUCUCAAGUGAAAAGGUUGUGGCCAUGUAUCCCACACCAAUGUCAAGAAUUUUUUCCCUGUUUGUAGGGAACUUUGAGAAUGUGGCCAAGUCACAAUAAAACUACGAGGUGACGGCAUCAUUAUGGAGCCCUAGCCAAAAUAAAACCAAGCUCAAAGAUCCAAAUAGCUUAACCCACUGUGACAUACCCGUGAAUUAAAGGGUUGUACUGAGGGGGGCUCAAGCGCAAAGCUCACUCCAUACAUGGCAGGUGCCAGAUGAGUAAUACAGCUGACAUGCGUCGGCAGUUAUCAGGAAUGGAAAUUACUCCAAUCCGGGUUAUUUAACCACUCAGAUUCUGCUGUCAAUAGUGAAGGUGGCAAUUGUGGAGGCUCCAAGCGUUGUCAUAGUAAGCUGCCUGCAAAGCCAAGCCUGAGGCACAGUCUGACAGGCAGCCUGUGAAAAUCCCAUAGACUGCAACAGUAUUCUAUCUCAGUCUUUGGGACGUGCUAUCGGAAGAUCACA